AUGGCCUUUACGCCCAGGGGCCCUGAGGCCUCGUUUUUCGAGGUUUUGGACCAGCAUAGGGCUUCCCUACUGGCCGCCCUGAAGAGAGGCGGCGAGGAGCCCACGGGCGGGGGGAUGCGCUUGGCUUCCAGGUUUGAAGAUUCUGUGGGUCUUCACAUGGUAUCUCAUUGUACCACAAGAAAAAUCAAAAGUGAUUCACCAAAAUCAGUUAAAAAUUUUGCGCUAAUUCUUAAAAUACUUUCCAUGAUUUAUAAAUUAGUACAGAGCAACACUUAUGCAACCAAAAGAGACAUUUAUUACACUGACAGCCAACUCUUUGGUAACCAGACUGUUGUGGACAAUAUUAUUAAUGAUAUUUCCUGUAUGUUAAAAGUGCCGAGGAGGAGUCUGCAUAUACUGUCUACAUCAAAAGGUUUAAUUGCUGGCGAUUUAAAGUACCUUGAGGAAGAUGGCACCAAGGUGAACUGUACACGUGCAACAGCUGUUGCUGUGCCAUCUAAUAUUCAAGGAAUUCAGAAUUUAAUUACGGAUGCAAAAUUUCUACUAAUUGUAGAAAAAGAUGCAACAUUUCAGCGCCUCCUGGAUGACAACUUUUGCAACAAAAUGUCUCCAUGCAUCAUGGUUACGGGAAAGGGGGUACCUGAUCUGAACACAAGACUUCUAGUCAAGAAGUUGUGGGAUACAUUUCACAUUCCUGUUUUCACUCUGGUGGAUGCUGAUCCACAUGGCAUAGAGAUAAUGUGUAUCUAUAAGUACGGAUCUAUGGCUAUGUCUUUUGAAGCCCAUAAUCUCACAGUUCCAGCUAUUAGAUGGCUUGGUCUCCUCCCUUCUGAUAUCAAAAGAUUAAAUAUACCCAAAGGUACUUUAAUUCCACUGACAAAACGGGACCAGAUGAAACUUGACAGCAUCCUAAAGAGACCUUAUAUUACUUGCCAGCCAUUUUGGAGAAAAGAAAUGGAAAUAAUGGCAGACUCUAAAAUGAAGGCAGAAAUUCAAGCUUUGACCUUCCUAUCAUCAGACUAUCUUUCCAGAGUAUAUUUACCUAACAAACUAAAAUUUGGUGGGUGGAUAUAA